UUUGGUGCAAAAAAAUUUCAAGACUAUUUAAGUUACUGCUUUUCAAGUCAUCACGUACUCUUUUUCCUCCUAUUUCCAACCCCUCCUCUCCAUCGUAUAGUGCUUUUUGUCGUAGAGCCCUUUCUCUCUCUGUGAUCGUCGAUUGGAAGUUCGCGAGCUUAGCUUGGAUCAUCAACAAUGGAGAAUCAGCAGAAAGUAGCAGGGGAACUUGUCACUAGGUCAUUCACAUGGACAAUCGAAAAUGUCUCUAAGUUGAAAACCCAGAGGCAUUACUCUGACGUUUUCCUCGUCGGUGAUUGGAAAUGGCGGAUCCUUGUAUUUCCGAAAGGGAACAACGUAAAGCACUUGUCUUUGUAUUUGGAGGUUGCAGAUGCUUCGGAUUUACCAUCUCUGUGGACUAGGUAUGCCCAAUUCAGCUUGACAGUGGUUAAUCAGCUAAGCAGAAAUAUGUCAAUAACAAAGGAGACGCAACACGAGUUCAAUGCAAGUGCGAGCGACUGGGGAUUCACAUCAUUCAUGCCUCUGAAUGAGUUUUAUGAUGGAGGAAAGUUUGUUCGCAACGAUAAAUGCAUUAUUGAAGCCAGGGUUACAGUCCGUAAGGUAGACAUAAAGAAUUUCGAAGACCAAGGAACUGGCAGUUCUGCACCCAAAGAGCCUUCAAAGCAAGAAGAUCGGGCCCUGAAACCUUCAAGUGUGGAUUCCGUGCAAGUUCCACACUCAUCCGUACCAGUUACAACACCUACAUCAGAACAGGUGCAAGCAAAUUUGAAAUCGGAACAGGUGCUUGCUUUCAAGGAUGCACCAAGUUCCGGAGAAGUUUGCAUUAAGCCUGCUGAUUUCCCUGUUGACCCUUCCAUAGUCAAGGGACACGAAAAAGUGCUCUCCGCUCCAGAUGGUAUGCUCAUGGAUUUUAGGGGUUUAGGGAAAAUAGAGAGAGCUUUUGUUCCACUGCUAGAGGAAGUUUGUUCAUGGCAUCCCUCGUUGAUUGAGUGCCAAAAGAAGAGAAGCCGUACGUAUAUUGAAUGGGCAUUCACAGCUUUGGGUCGAGUUUUACAUUUUCUGAAGACUACGAAGGUGAAGGAUAUGACCCCAGACACUAGUGAACGCGUUAAACUUUUGUGGGAGGAGCUUGAGACUUUUAAAUUUGACUUGGGUUGGCUGGAGCCUUAUGUGCAAUCUGCUCUGGACGUGAAGAAGCUUAUGGAAAGGGCAGGGGUAGUUAAAAAUCUGAGAGAGGAUGUGGAUGCGUUGGAAAUGGGAGUGAAGAGGCUAAGGGCGAGGCUAGCAGUUGCAGAGGUAGAUCUAGAGGUAGCAAAAAGAGACUUGGCAAAGGUAGUAGAAGGCUUCGGUGAGACCGAUAUCAACAGGGAGUUGGGCUAUGGGAGGCGUUGACCUUAUUUGAGAAACAUCUCGUUGAUAUUACAAAGUGAUGUGCAAUAUCUCCAACACAUUCCAAACUAAUAUGUAUUAAGCACUUGCGUUCUAGUUGUGUUAUCAGUAUUUUAUGAUAUUUCAAGAAUAUUAUAGCAAGUGGGAAUUCUCUUCUUUUGUUUUCUUGUUUGGAAUUGAGCACAAUAUAUAAUAGUUUUUAAAAUUUUAGACGAAA